CUCUUUUUCCUUCUUUUUCUCUUCAUAGUUUCAACCUAUAAACUCUGCUUCUUUUCUGUUUCAAAGGGUUCACUUUUUACUUGUUUUAAUCUCCUUAAUAUUUUUCUUUUUUAGUUUCAAGCAAAUCUUGAUGCUAAACUUAUUAUUUCUUAUCUUUGAAAUUCAUGUCUGCAAUUCUCAGUGAACUCUUCCUUUCUGGUUUUAUGAUAAAUUCCACAUAUAGGCGCAGGACUCAUUUAGUGCAAUCUUUCUCAGUUGUUUUCCUCUACUGGUUUUACUGCAUUUCAUAAUUAAUUAUGCUCCCUACUUUCCUUUAAAUAAGUAUUAUCCCUAUUACAAUUAAGUUUCACAAACUAGUAUAUUCAUAUUAGUACCCUUUAUUUGCACCAAAAUCACUAUUUUAGGUCCUCCUAAUUUUCCAUUAUUAUUAUUACACUAUUGUUUCCUGUCAAUUCCUUUAAAUUUCAUUCUGCACCCCAGACGGGAUAUUUAACGUGUUAGCUACAACAUUGCACGGGUCGAUAUGCACAACGCCCAGUAUCUAUAGUUUACGGCUAGGACUACUGGGGUAUCUAAUCCCAUUCGCCCCCCUAGCUUCCUGCUAAGUUUCAAUUAUUAUUAUUUUUACACUAUUGUUCCUAAGUUUUGGUCAUAAAAAGAAAAUUUGGUCAUGGCUUCAUCAAGUGGGACAUCAUCAGGUUCAGGGUCAUAUACACUUCAGAACUCAGGCUCAGAAGAAGAUCUUCAACAAUUAAUGGAUCAGAGGAAGAGGAAGAGAAUGAUAUCGAACCGCGAAUCGGCUCGAAGAUCAAGAAUGAGGAAACAAAAGCAUUUGGAUGAUCUUAUGUCCCAAUUAGCUCAUCAAAGGAAAGAAAAUAACCAAAUUUUGACCACUAUGAAUGUCACAACCCAACAUUAUCUCAAUGUUGAAGCUGAGAACUCAAUCUUGAGAGCACAAGUGGCUGAACUUAGCAACAGAUUUGAGUCCUUAACACAAAUCAUCAGUUUCUUGAAUGGUCAAAAUAAUGAGUAUAUGGCUGAUGGUUUUAUUAUGAAUGAUUCUUGGAAUUAUGUGUAUUCCAAUCAGCCAAUUUUGACUGCAGACAUCUUGCAAUAUUAAUUUACAUGUGGUGGAAUCUUGGGAUUAUUUGUGCUUUUGAAUCUUUGUAUUAAACCGGGGAUUUAAGGGUUAAUAUUGUAACUGAUUUUGUAAAUCAUUUGAAGGCAAGAGGUGGUGAUCUACAAGGACUCUGAAAAAGAGAGGAUCCUUUAAUAGCAGCAGGAUCUAAGAUUAAAAGAUUUAGUAUUAGUAAUAUUAAUUAGUAUUGGUGUACUAUUUUAAAGCAUUGUGUUCAAGUAGUUAUAAGACUAAUAAUCCAUAUAAUAAUAGUCAUCAGCUAUUUGUAACUCUAUCAUGAGCGGACUCUCUAAAAUGUUAUCGCAUUCGUGUCGAA